UCAAGAUGUCUAUCCAAGAACAAUUUAUAUCCACCACUCGCCUAUGUACUUCCUGCUAUACGGUCUCUUCCCAAAACCUUGACACCCUCCUCGCUAAACCAGGGGAUGGUCGUCGAGGCUACUCAUGGACCACGACUCGCAAACGUCUCCAUGCCUCAAGCGCUCUUGGUUGUCCCCUUUGCACGAUUAUCUUCAAUCAUACUCUUAAAUCACAUUACUACGGUGUCCCUGACAGUUGGGCGAAUGCCGAGUUGAUUGAGAGGUGGAAGGCGGGGGAUGAGGAGAUGCCGCUUACGUUUUUCUACAGUCAACAUUGGGAGGUGGAAGAUGGGAGUAGGGUGUUUGACAAGAUUGUUGUUCAGCCAGAUGAGGAGAGAGGAGGUAAAGGGAGUGGGAUUUGGCUUGAUGUUGCGGCAGAAAAAGACGAACCAGCCUCUUCGUUCGUGAAAAUCAGACCCGAGAAUCCAGAUGUGAAUUCAAAAGACGCAUUUGAUCUUGCUAAAUCAUGGAUUUCCACCUGCUUAGGCUCCCACGAUAAAUGCUCGAACACGUCAGUACCAUUACCAACUCGUGUUCUCGACCUUCGAACAGUUGAAAGCGACGGAUUAAUAAAACUAUGUAUAUCACAAGGAAAAUUGGCUCCUUACGUAGCUCUCAGCUAUUGUUGGGGUGGUCCUCAGCCAGCAGUUUUAACAACCGCAACUCUGGAAACCUAUAUUCUCGGAGUACCACUGGCUUCAACCCCCCAAACAAUUAAAGACGCUAUUCUAGCUUGCCGCAAGUUGGGGUUCCAGUAUCUUUGGAUCGACGCUCUAUGCAUUAUCCAAGAUUCAUCGGAAGAUAAAGCGCGCGAGAUUCAGAAAAUGGGGUUUAUUUACUCUAACGCCAUUCUUACAAUCUCAGCUAGUUCGGCAAAAAGUGUCAAGGACGGUUUUCUUAAAAAGAGAAUUCGACGGGACGAGGAACCCCAGUGGUUUUUACUACCAUUUUACUUAGGUGAGGAUAAUUCAAGAAGCAAAAUCUCUGCUAGGCGAUUCACGACGUAUCGCACUUCCUCUGAACCGCUCAAUACAAGAGCCUGGGCUUUGCAAGAAGAUAUUUUAUCGCCACGGGUGCUGGCAUAUGAUUCGUAUCGUAUACGAUGGCAAUGUAAAACCACCUAUUACGCUGAUGGAGGGAAAGUCGAUGAUCUGGGUCUGGACCUUAAUCAGAGUCAGAAGCUAGUACCGUUUAGCGAGGUAAAAUGGAAGGAAGGUACUUUUCCGGAUGCGCUGAAGGCUUGGAUUAAGGUUGUUGAGACUUAUUCGAUGCGAACGGCUACAUUUCGCUCUGAUACUCUGCCGGCUGUUUCUGCUGUCGCGGAAUACUUCGGCCGUGUUCUGGGAGACGAAUACCUUGCUGGGCUUUGGAAGGCAUAUCUUCCUCAGUGUCUAAUAUGGUUUCCUCAUCGCUCGGACGAUUACGAUUUUUCUCAAUUCAGCGAAACGAAUCAAUACAUAGCUCCGUCUUGGUCCUGGGCUAGCUUUAAUGGCCCAACCUGGUUCGGACAUCGGUUUGGGAUGCCUGACGAUAUUGAGAUACAUGUCAAGGUUGAAGAAUGCUCCGUAAGGAGAGCGUUAGAAGACAUGCGAUUUGGGGAGGUAAUUGCAGGACACCUUACCAUUUCUGGAUUUCUGCAGCCAGCGAUUUGUUCAACUCGCAAGCAGAAGCAUCAGUCCAUGGCGUUUAGGAUGGUAUUCGGUGUUAAAGAGCUAGAACCAGUACCUCUUUCUCACUCAACCCCAAGACCGUCUACAGAAAUGCCGCCACAUCCAAGUCCAGAGACAUUCAUCUUCUACCCCGAUGAUCCAAAAGACUUUCUGCGAAAAGAGGUACAUUUGCAUGCUCUUUUGCUCUGUUCAUUUGAUUCACUUGGCGGUGGCGUUAGGCUCAUUGCUGGUUUAGUAGUAAGUAAAAUUACCUUGGGAGAAAAGGAAGGAAAGCAGCUGUGGGUACGUAGAGGCUUGUUCCACGGUUCUGAUAGAAAUGACAACUUCAAGGGGAGUAAGAAGGCCUUGUAUUAG